AUGAGAGCUGCUGCUGCUGCUGAGGGAGAGGCUGAGGGAAAUUGUUUGGGGGUCACGCUUAAGGGCACUGCCGAGGUGUUGCUAAGUGCCAUUGGACAGCGCCGCAAAUGGGAAGAGUCCGACUCUGCCCCCCUGAGAAUGGCAUUUCCUCAUACUCUCGUUUGUGCAACAUCCGUCGUCGGCAACUCGCCACAUUUCUUGUCCACUCGCGAAGCUCCGCCCUUGGCUAGUGUCCAAGCUGCUGAGAAGGUGACGUGGGCGUUGCCCUUUCGGCAGCGAGCCAAGUCGGGACCACCAACGCCGAAACGGGGAGCACGCCAACCUCCCUAGUUCUGCCCCUCGAAGCUUUCACUACGAACCAGAUUCUAUGUCCAAGAUCAGCUGCAUACCUCCCACAUAGCAACACAAUGAGCGCCGUUGAGGAGAGAAAACCCGCUGAGAAGAGGCCCCUGAACGAUAAGGAGGACGACAACGAGGUCGCUGUCAAGGAACCCCGACUCGAGAAUGGAAAGACGGAGGAUGACGUUGUCGUGAUCAAGCAGAAGGCCGCCAAGGAAAUCGAACAGGUCGAUGGUGAAGACGAGGAUGAUGAUGAGGACGUAGAUGAUGAGGAGGUGCACGAUGAGUCCUCAGAAGGAGGUGAUGGCUCAGAAGGUGAAGGCGAUGACGAUGAGGGUGAUUCGGGAGAAGAAGAAGACGGUGACGACGCCGAAGGUGGCGAGGAAAGCGACUGAAGCAGAGCACGACCAGAUUCGCUGCCCGAACUCAUACUACGCCACGCCGCUCUCCUUCAACACACACAACACACCACACUCCUUCAGGGCGGGUCUUGUCCGGUGGUCCCGAAUCCACCAACAUUGUUCCUCAGUCGACCGACCACGCUGCACUCUACAACAUCAACAUCAACAAACAUCUGAUCACCCCCGGCCGACCCUUGUUUGA